CACGGAGAGAGAACAAUAGCUGUGUUCCCAAUAUGUGUGAUUCAUGUUAAUGCGGCGAUCAGCGGGGGCCUACUUCCUGCGGAGGGUUAUAGCCGAGUGUCGUUUUAAAACGCUGCGCUUCAGUGAAAAUGAGCCGUUUUGUGUGUUUUGAAGCCCCCCGGGAAGAAGCGCAGGGGAACACGUUGUAACGUGCUGAGGUGGGGGGGGGAGAGGGGGGAGAGAGAGGUAGUCUCACAGUGGAGAGAGAGAGAGCGAGGGAGAGAGAGAGAGAGCGAGAGAGAGGAGUGAAUGGGCUCAGUCAGCAGCACUGCGCCCUUCACUUUAUCGAUAUCGACCAGUUUGGUUACCGAGACUUUUUAGACCCACCGCGGCGGGUCAGGUAGGCUGGCCCCGGGGGGAGAUAGCCGCCGCGGCACCGGGAGCAAAAACGAUGGGACGCCACCGCAUGUGAAGCAGCAGCGGCAGCAGCAGCAGCAGCCCGGAGCUAAGCGGAGCAGCAGCAGCAGCAGCCUGGCGGAGAAAGAAACAAGGAAGCGGACGGCUAGCAGCGCCGGACAUAGGCUAACGUUGGCUAAGUGUGGGCUAGUAUUCAUUCUAAUGAGCGACCGAGGAGCAUGCGACCUCACACUAAGAGCUGACUUGUUCGGGGAUGUCGGGCAGUAAGGCGCUGGGUGGGGGGGCUGGCGGGGGGGCGAGGCGCAGGCGGACGCGGUGCCGGCGCUGCCAGGCCUGCAUGAGGACGGAGUGCGGAGAGUGUCACUUCUGCAAGGACAUGAAGAAGUUCGGAGGACCCGGCCGGAUGAAGCAGUCCUGCCUCCUGAGGCAGUGUACAGCGCCGGUGUUGCCUCACACGGCGGUGUGCUUCGCAUGCGGAGAGGCGGGGAAGGAGGACACGGUGGACUCGGAGGAGGAGAAGUUCAGCCUCUCUCUGAUGGAGUGCACCAUCUGCAACGAGAUCAUCCACCCCAGCUGCCUGAAGAUGGGCAAAGCUGAAGGAAUCAUCAACGACGAGAUCCCAAACUGCUGGGAGUGUCCCAAGUGCCACAAGGAGGGCAAAACCAGUAAGGACCAGGCGGACGGCUCGGGGAAGCGCAGGCUGGACAACGGGGAGGUGGGCCGCUGGAAGCUCACCGACGACCCUCCUCCAAAGAAGAAAGCCCCCCCGUCCCUGGACGACGGGGGGAGGGCAGAGGGGACGCACAAGAGGAAGAAGGAGAAGGAGCUGCCUCCGGACAGUGGCCCGAAAAAGAAGAUGAAAGGCGGCCAUGAAAAGCGCCUCAAAAAGAAACCCAAACAGGAAGCGGCGGAGUCGAACGGCCCCACCUCCUCCUCCUCCGGAGCGGGAGGCCUGCAGGGCUCCUCCACCUCCUCCUCCUCCUCUCAGCCUGGAGGAGGCGGGGGAGGCGGAGGAGGCGCGGGCGGGACGUCGAGUGCGGACCAGCGCUCCCAUCACAGAGAGAAGCUGGAGCGCUUUAAGAGGAUGUGUCUUUUGGAGCGACGCGCCUCCUCCUCGUCCUCCUCCUCCUCCAGCUCGGAGUCGGACUCCGAGUCCGACUCGGACGACUCCCUGAGGGGGGAGCAGGGGGGAGGGUCCUCGCCCUCGUCUUCCUCCCCGGCCCCGCCGCCUCCCGUCGUCUACGGCAACAGCAGCGGGAGCCGGGCGGAGAGGGAGAGGAGUCGAAACGAGCGGGAGAGGGAGCGGGAGCGAGAGAGGGAGCGGGAGAGGGAGCGGCGCCUGGCCGAGCUCGGCUUCAGCGCCAGCGAGGAGUCGGAGGGGGAGACGGGGAGGGCGGAGGAGGACGAGCGGGAGGAGGAGCAGACAGGAGGAGGAGGAGGGGGGGACAAGGCCCGGCGGAGAGGGGGAGGAGAGGUGGGGCUGCCUCCUCGAGGACGUAAAGGAGUCCUGCUGGACGGAGAGGAGGAGGACACGCCCACCUCUGACAGGACCAGGAAAAACUCCACCUCCCUCCCCCCGCCCUCACCCCUCUCCUCCAAUCAGAUGCCGCCGUCCUCGCAACACGACGGCUUCACGGGGAAGCAGCGCAGCAACGGACAGGAGACGCGCAACGGACGGACACGAGGGGGGACGGGAGGCGGGGGGCGGGAGGGAGGCGAGAAGGAGAAUGCCAGCGGCGUGUUGACCAAUCAUAGACACAGCGGGGGAGGGGGCGGGGCCAAAGGCAGCGGGAGCCGCAGCAGCAAGGUCCGUAGCAACAGCAAGAACCAGGCGUCCCGGAACAGCGUCUCCUCCUCGUCCUCCAUCCCCACCUCGAACGGGGGAGGAGGGGGAGGCAGCGGCCUCAUGAUGUCAGCGAUGGCGGCGUCUCCCUGCACGCAGCCGUCCCGCUUCGUCUCGCGCUCGCAGAUGAUGAAGCGCAGCCCGCCGGCCGUGCCCUCGCCCCCCAGGCCCAUUCAGAUGGAGAGGCACCUGGUGCGGCCCCCACCCGCCUGCCCCGAACCCAGCUGCCUGCCUCUGGACAGCGGCUCCGCUCACAUCAUGACGCGAGACGUGUGGCUGCGGGUCUUCACCUACCUGAGCCACCGGGAGCUGUGCGUGUGCAUGAGGGUGUGUCGCACCUGGAGCCGCUGGUGCUGCGACAAACGGCUGUGGACUCAGAUCGACCUGAGCCGCCAGCGCUCCAUCACCCCCCCAAUGCUGAGUGGUAUCAUCCGCAGACAGCCCGUCUCCCUCAACCUGGGUUAUACCAACAUCUCCAAGAAACAGCUCAUGUGGCUCAUCAACCGCUUACAAGGUCUGUUGGAGCUGAAUGUGUCCGGCUGCCCGUGGUCGGCCGUCUCCGCUCUGUGUCAGGCCGUCUGUCCCUGUCUGAAGCUGCUGGACUUAAGCAGAGUGGAGGACCUGAAAGACUCUCACCUGAGGGAGCUUCUAGCCCCCCCACCUGACACCAGGACAGCCCACGGUGAGAGCAGAGUGGGCCGUUUCCAGAACGUGACCGAGCUGCGUUUGGCCGGUUUGGACCUGACGGACGCGUCCUCUCGGCUGUUGGUACGUUACGUCCCUCACCUGAGCAGGUUAGACCUGAGCCAGUGCGGAAACGUCACAGACCAGACGGUGCACACCCUCACCUCCCCCAUCUCCCCCCUGAGAGAGACCCUCACCUACAUCAACCUGGCAGGCUGCGUGAAGGUGACGGAGCAGAGCAUCCCACUCCUGCGCCGCUGCUCCUCCCUGCAGACGGUCGACCUGCGCUCCUGCUCCCUCCUCUCCUCCGAGAACGGACAGCUGCUCUCCUUCCCCUCCCACAGCUCCUCCUCUUCCUCCUCCACAACCACCACCACCCUCUCCUCCUCCUCCUCCUCCUCGUCAUCCGCAAGCACCACCACCACUGUCGCUGCUUCGUCCUCGUCCUCCUCCUCCUCCUCCUCCACGUCCACCACCACCACAUCCUCCUCCUCCUCCUCUUCCUCCUCCUCCUGUCCUCCCGAAGACAGAACGCUGCUAAAGAACAGCUAAAGUCCUCCUGCAGGGCCGUGUGACGCUUCAGCCAUCGGUCUAGACGGCCGACGUGCCCCGCCUCCCUCCUCGUUACACUACAGACAGGUGAGGAAGAGGAGGAGGAGGAGGAGCUGUGCAACGUUUCUCCUCCCGCUGCAAAAAGUUAUGUUUUGUUGGCGAGCAGAGCGACCUCUGAGGUUGAGGAGGAGGAGGAGGAGGAGGAGGAGGAGGAGGAGGGUAUUUUGGGAAAAAGUUGUCUGUAAUAGUUAAAAAUAGAAACCCUGAGCAUGUACAUAUUUGUUCUCUGUACAAUUUUGGGUGUGUGUAUAUAUCUGUAGUUUACUGUAAAUGACCUUUAACCCGCCCAGACACACUCCUGUCCUUAUAUCCCCCCCCCCCUCUCUACGACCAAUCAUCAGGCCAGUCGUCACCUCGUCAGUAGCUGCAGAACAGGGAAGUACAGAAAGUCAUGAUGUCCAGAUGUAGUGGUGAUAUAACCCCACCGCGCACUCGUAUUUAAACUUUAAAAUGACAACAGUCUGACAUUCGUCCGAGCUGUAGAGAGCUGCAGUCCGGCUAACACUUUCCCUCUGCUUCCAGUCUUUGUGCUAAGCUAAGCUAAACACGGCUGCAUCCAUCCAUCCUCUCUCGGAGCUUCUUUUUAAAAUCGCUUCUUUUCUCUAUGAAGUCUGGUUCAGUUGUGUUGUUUCCUGUGCCACCGUUGGGUGUGUCGUUUCAUGCCAUUUUUCAGUUCGUCAGGCGUCAACGGGAACGUCCUCGUCCAACAAGCCGUCCAAAAACUGAGAGGCGACAAACCGCUCACGUGAAAGCAGCUCGAAGAAAAUUUGGUAUUCGAUCAUUCUGUUGAUCCACUGAUGGGUGAACAAAACUGAUAAGUGUCAGAUAUUAAGACACGUUGAAACAGGCAGCCGAUUUCUUCUUCUGCUGCUGCUGUUUAAAAAAAAGAAAAAAAAAAAUCAAUCAGAGCCACUUCACAUCAUAAUGAAUGUACCUGAACUCCGAGCGGCUGCAGUACCAGUGUGUGUAUGAGUGACAGGAAUCAGUGUUAACGAGUUUGUGUAGCUUUUUGGUCGGCGUGACCCGGAGGAGAGUGCGACGCAAAUCACCCGGUAGUGUUCUACCUCCGUCUUCAGCUGUAAACCUAAAGAACAUUUUUGUCACGCGUUGCCAGGAGCUUCCGCGUUUGAACACGCCUCGGCAAAAAAGGGAACGGAAUAAAAUCGAAGGCGAAAACGACAGCGUUGACAAAAGGCCUCGUGACCAACACUUUAGUUUGGACGAUGAGGAUUUAAAUCAAAAAUCUGAAAUCUGUGCCUCAACAGCUCCACCUGCUGUUUGGAUGCGUAACGCGUCCAAACAGGGUUUGUUGAAUUUGGGCCUCACCAUGCUCUGGGUUUCAUGCUAAGCUAGGCUAACUUACUCUAAACAUCCAUCUUCUGGUCUAAACCGUCAGACUGUUCCUCUUAAAGUGUUUAUGUUUGGGUGGAGGUGACACUUGUGUUUCCUUGGCAGUGUUGCAGGUGAACUUUGGUCAGAUGUGGUUUCAGUUCAGGUGUUUCCCUCCUCUGUGUGUGUGUGUGUGUGUGUGAGAGUGUGUGAGAGAGAGUGCGAGAGAGAGAGCAUUUGUGUGUGUGAUCGGACCGACAGCGCUGGGUGUGUUUGAAACUGAGCCUCCGUAUCUUCAACGUGCGCCUCAAUCAUCCCUCUUUGACCCUGCGUCCUCCCACAUGCGUCUGCCUGAUCAGUCUCCUCCGAUCAGACUCUUCUGAUACGUCGUUUUUUUUUCUCUCAGGAUUUUGUUUUUGUUUGUUUUUGUUCUUCUUGAAUCCAGGUUUAAUUUAUUUUGUGCCACGGCAGCACUUCAUCCUGUUCACGCUCCUUACGUUUUGAUCUACUUUUGUUCCUGUCUGUGUUCACAUUUCAGAUUUCGCUUAUUAAACUUAAUCUACAAAAGCCCAUUUCUGACCGGAAACUGAAAAAUAAUGUCUCUUGUGAUACUCAAUAGAAAGAUAAAUCAAGGCUUUAAUUUGGAUUUACCUUGAAUUUUAAUUCAGUUCAUCCUCAUUUGGAUAAACUAUUCCAUCAACUAUUAUAUAAAAUAAUCAAAAUGUGUUUUCAUCACAAACGAUUUGAUCAUAUCAGAAUCAUCUUGAUUGCUAUUUUCUAAUCUUAACUUUUCUUAAAAUCUCCAUUUAUAGUGUCAGCUUCCCGACUUGUUGUGUUGAUCUUGUAAACUUUUUUUUUAAAAAAAUCCUAUAUUGUUUUCUUUCCUAAAAUAUCGACUCUCUAUCUUAAAAUCUUGGUUUAUCUCACAGCCCUGACAGCAUCUCAAAAUGUACUUUUAUAUAUAUAUAAAUAUUUUGUCUAAUCAUCUUGAGUCAUUUCAGAAUCUUAAUUAAUUAUCUUGAUUUAGUUGCUCAUAUCUUUAGAUGUAUAAUCUCACCUUUUUACAGCUGCGAUUUUGAGGUAUCCCAAAACCUCAGGAUUGAUUUAUCAAAUUUACCAUAAAUAAGAUUAAAAAAAUUCAGAGUCACCUCAAACCUUAUCUUUAUUUCAUUCAUCCAGUUUAUUUUUAUUUUUUGGCAGAAAUGGGCUUCCGUAGUUUCUCAGGGCCUCAAUUAUGAAAAACUGACUUCAAUCUUAAUAUUAAGUCGGGAUCAUUGUUAAAGCAAAGUUUCCUCGUGUCACUUUACAACAGGGAAUCGCAGCGAGGUUGUUAAGACAAACAGAUGUUUCAUAAAUGACGCCCAGAUGUUUCUGACGUGGCUGAAGGAGCUUCAUGUUGUGUCGUCAGUCACGCUUGGUUCUGUCCGUCUUGUGAGGUGGUGACACUGAGGAGUGCGGGGGAGGAGGGCGGGUCAAAAAAAACCCCAUUACUUUAUUUCAUGCGUGUUUGUUUUAAAAUGUUCACGACCACGACACAUCAAACGGCAAAAACAAAUCAUACUGCAGUUAUAGCUAAAUAAAAUGUCGACAUCAGUCCAAGUCACCUUGAUUGAGCUAGAUUCAUAGCUCCAUGUUAGCUGUUGUCUGUGUCGGGUUCUGAUGGAGCGGGAAAAUCUUCACUGGCUAACUAAGAUUAGCUUGACAGCAUACCAAGGCUAAGCUCUUGUGGUUCUGAUGGCGUUUUCUUUCUAUAGUUUAAGAUCUGUGUUGAGAAUAGGAUGCGUUGUUCACUCCUUACCAAUCUGAGCUAACAAGCUAACAGCUAGCUAGUGUGAGUUCAGGUGUGCUAAUCAGUCAGGAAAAUUAGACCUGAGAACAAACCAGUAAAAGAUAGUGUGUAGGAGCCGUUACCAGUUAUGGUAGCAUUAGCUCAUGAGCUGCUCCUCUGUAUUUGCUGUCUGCCAUCGUGUUGGUUUAUUAAAAAACUAAUACUGGCUCUUUCCAUGCUGGUUAGCUUUCUUCACAUUAGCUUCAGUGUAGCAUGUUAGCUUCAUAGCUACGUGUUUUGUUUUUUUCGUUUUUUUCUUUUUCUUUUCUAAACCAUAAAAUGUCUUUGGUAACUUUUAAGCAAUUUUAGCUAACAAGCUGGCAAACUCAUCUGAUUUGGGUUGAAAUGAACUGAGUUUAUUGCUAAAUCAAGGGUGAAACUUAAAAGCAAAUCUGAUCAUUGUUUACCAGGUGAAAUACAUCAUAAAUUCAGUUUUCUGUUUGCAAUUUGCUGCUUUUUGUUUUUACGUUACUGUACAGUUUUAACGUUGAGGCAGUUUGUCCUCAACAUGAGCAAACAUCGCAGCCAAUCAGCUGCUGGCUUCCUGCGAGCGCGGCGAGUCCGCGCGCUGUUGCCGGCCGUGAAAUAAAAGUAUUAUUGGUUACAUUUGAAAUUGCCAUGACGCCUUGUUGUGCCAUAAAUGCACCAGAUCAACUAUGGAUGUGUGAGUGGGUAACUUUUUAUAUUUUAUUUUUUUGUAUUUGUUGUGAUUUUGAUGUUUUAUUUUUAUUGCUCUCUGAAUGAUGCUUCAAACUCCAUCUAGCAAAAGUGAGGAGGUCAAAUCUGAUUGGGCGAUAAUCCCCUGACUCCUAAAAGCUCUUAUCCAAUCAGACGCUUGGACAUAUCUCACCUGCUUUCAUAUGGUUCUGUCUUUGUUGAUGUUUUAAAGAUGCACUGGAUCAUGAUCUUCAUCACCUUCAUCCUCACCUUUUGCCAAAUGUAGUUUUGUUGUGAAAGGGGCAUUUUCUCCUGUUUUUCUUUGUGUUGGGUUUUUAUACUUUGUCCAUGACUCUUCCAUUGUGUUGGUGAAAAAAAAUGAGGAAGAAGUUGGAACAAACAGUAAAAAGAGACAAAAAGACCAACUCAAGGCAGCUAUGUAUGAGUGACUACUGUAAAAUGACUAAUAAAGAAGCAAUGGGUUUGUUUUUA